GGCCGCGGCGCCGCUUCCGGCAGCGCGGGCCCACCAUGGCGAUGGCGGGGCUGGGACCCGGCGAGGCCGCCGCGGCCGCUCACGCCUUGUCGCUGCCGGCCGAGGCCUUCGGGAACGAUCCCCGCGUGGAGCUGGCCUGGGCCAUGAAGGCACACCAGCACGCCCAGGUCUACUUCAAUCUCAUCUCCUCCGUGGACCCCAAGUUUCUGAACCUCACCAAAGUCGACGACCAGAUCUACAGCGAGUUCAGGAAGAGCUUCAAGGAUCUUAAAAUCGACGUGCUCGACCCCGAAGAACUCAAAUCGGAGUCUGCCAAGGAGAAAUGGCGCCCGUUCUGCCUGCGGUUCGAGGGGGUGGUGGAGGACUUCAACUACGGCACCCUGCUCCGCCUGGACUGCCGCAAAGACUACACCGAGGAGAACACCAUCUUCGCUACUAGAAUCCAGUUUUUCGCCAUCGAAAUCGCUCGGAACAGAGAGGGCUGUAACAGCGUCGUCUACAGCAGUGCCAGGGAGCCGGCGGCUGCUGCGGCAGAAGAAGCGGCGUCGGGGUGAGGAUGGGAUGAGUUCACCCGGCACCGAGCCGAGGAGGGGGCAGAAAGGCCCCUGCCUGGGCAGGGGGAGAAGCAGGGCUGUACCUGCCUUCCCUGCUCCUCUGAGUUCAGACUCCAUUUGCAGACUGUAAAUAAAUGUUUUAAAAAAAAAAAAAAAAAAAAAAAAAAAAAUUCCUUGUGGUGCAGGUGGUCAAAGGGUUGUUCCCUAGAUCGGACCAAAACCGCUAAGGAAGUUAUCGUUGAAUCCACUGAUUUUGGCUAGACCUUUGCCUGCACCACUUGAGGCCCCCCAUGCCGGAGUACGAUCCACCCACGCAAAUCAAAUAGAAUUUUUUAACCCGCUUUGUGUGGAAAACUUGUCCCGCAGCAGGCAGGGGCCAGCUCCUGCCUGCAGGGUGCGCAGGGGAGAGCUCGGGGCGCAGGCGAUGCCCAGGCAGACACGGCUCAGUAGAAACCAUUGAAGUUUUAUUUGCAGUCACAAUGCUUACACUGUAUGCAGCAAACACCCUUACAAGUCAACCAGCAAUCUGCUCACGCGAAAAAGGACCCAACACACAAUCGCCAGAGGAAAGAAAACAAAAAAAAAAGGGGGGGGGGGGGGGGAAUAAAAUAAAAUAAAAUAAAGAGUAGGUGGUGUCUGGGAAGAGAAACUGAAGCCCUAAGGACUGAGUGUCUGUGGGUAGAGCUGAGCAAGAGGAUGCACACGACUAGCAGCAACAAUAGUGGAAAAAGUACAAGGCAAAUGGGUUCCCUCCCCCAUCAGCUUUCCUCUGUAAGUCAAUUUUAAUAUCCAAAACAUUUAUUAUGGUGACUUAGAAAAAAAUGGAAUCAUUUUAAAGGGGGCGUUAAAUACUUCAUGCUAGGCAAACCUUGUUAUUAAGAACCCUCCGAGGCGGCAGGUUGGCUGCAGCAGCCCCGCGCUGCCGGCUCGGUCCGAGCGCAGGUGUGUGCUGCCGCAGGGGCCGGCCACGCUCGCUGCUGCGAGCUCCCGAGAGCGCGGCAAGCUCGCCGGCAGCCCGAGCAUCCCACACGUGCUACCUGCUCGACUGAGAUGGGGAGGGGGG